AUGACACAAAAAUUAAACAAAUGGGAUUGCAUCCUAGAACCUAUUAUCAAAAAUAAUGUUUACAUGUAAUAUUUUUAUUUAAUUUUAAGUUCAGGUUUAUAUUUAGCAGACAUUGAUUGUGCACUUAGCUUAGAUCUUUUAAAAUCCUUACAAAUUGGAGCUUUAUUAAGUAUUAUUGAUGAGCCUAAAAUUGACGCUUCUGCUUAUAUAAUACAUGAAGUCAUUAAUAUUCCUGAUUGUACUUAACAAAACAUCUAAGAUUAUUUUCCACAAACAAACCAAUUUAUUGAAAAACACCGGUAACAUACAAAUGUUAUGGUACAUUGCUUUGCUGGUAUUUCUAGAAGUGCAUCAGUUAUUAUAGCUUAUUUGAUGUUUAAAUUUUAAUGGGGAUUUUAAACUGCAUUAAAUUUUGUCGUUUAAAAAAGACCUUAAGUUAAGCCUAAUUACGGUUUUAUUUAAUAAUUAAUCUAAUAUGAAAAAUAAAAUAAAAUAAGAUAAACUUCAUAAUAACAUAAAGUCUAAACAUUGGAUAUAAAUAAAGUUGAAAAAAACUUAUCUCAAUCUGAUAGCAAAAGCAAUAGAUAUCAUUUACAUUCUAAUGUAGAUUUGAAUAAAUUAGAAAUUGAAAUAGCCCAAAGAUAAAAGGAAUCAUAGAUCCUUAAACUUCAAUAUUAAUAAUUGAAUGAAAAAAUUAUUAGUAGAAACACCCAAAAUAUAUUUUCUUUUUAGUGA